CUUAAUUGCGGUUCCCAAGUACAUUUUGUCCAAAUAAACCAGGAAUUAUCGAUUAUUUUUACGCAAUAAAUAUAUUGUACAUUCAACAAUGCACUUAAAAUAACCAUUUAUUGAAAAACAAGUUUAGAAUCAUAUAACUCGAAACUCAAGGGAAGUUAAUCAAAUAUCUCAUACGUUUUUAUUUUCCGUUUGGGAAGGCCUAACUGAUCCAUUAUUAAGAUCCGUAUGGUGGUGCAUUUGCUACGGUGCUUUCUAAACUGCCAUAGGAAAUGUUUCCCAUAAAACCAACAACAAACACAUGGCAGUUAUUAAAGUUCGUUCACAAUAGCGAUCAGCUGUUCCGGAAAUCGUCAAAAUUUGUAUUAGUUCAUAUAUAUAAAGAAACAAAUCAAAAAUAUGUUUAUUUUUAAGAAUACGAGGAGAAUUAAAACGCUCGGCAAAUUUGACCACAAAGCAUUGUUAUCAUCAUCAUCAUCAGCAUCGUCAUCAGAUGCGCCGGCUGCUGCAACACUGAAUAGGAGUUUCUUGCAAACUUUACGUUCAGAAACAUUUGGUCAACCUACUUAUGUGACACAUCCACAUCUUAUAAAUGAGGGUGAGCUUGUUAUUGGACAAAAUGUGGAAACAUUUCGAGAGCGACGUUUGCGCCUUAUGAGUGGCAUACAAAAGUACGCAGAAGACCAUAAAGUUGACCAACAAACGAAAAAAUCAAAUUUGGUGAUUGUGCCGUCCGCUUCCAAAAAAUACAUGAGUGAUAAGAUUCCCUACGUUUUUCGUCAAAAUUCUGACUUCUAUUACUUGAGUGGUUGUCUGGAGCCCGACUCUGUGCUCGUUAUGUCCAUAAACGAGAAAGCAGACAUCAAAUCCAUAUUAUUUAUGCGGCCAAAAGAUAAGCACGCUGAGAUGUAUGGCGCACGUACUGGUGUUGAGAAUGCGCCCGUUUUCGGUGUUGACGAAGCAUACACAGUGCAACAAUUUCCAGAAAUUCUCAAAAAACACAUUACAAGCGAAAAACCACACGUGUGGUAUGAUAUGGCCGCAUCAGAUCAACAGAGCCUAACCAACGAUGUUCAAAAUGUGGCUGGCGCUACAUCCGCUCCAAACUCACCCGCUACAUUUAUACAAAGCAUGCGACUUUUUAAAUCGAUUUGUGAACAAGAGCUCAUGCGUAAAACGUGCCAAAUCGCUUCAAGAGCAAUAAAUGAAGUAAUCAGCGAAUCGCGACCAGGCAUCUCAGAGCAUCAUCUAUUUGCUGCAGUCGAUUACAAGUGCCGCAUGAAGAAUGCCAGCUACUUGGCCUAUCCGCCCGUGGUGGCCGGCGGCAAUAACGCGACUACAAUACAUUACAUAAACAAUACGCAGCUGACCAAAAGUGGUGAAAUGCUGCUUAUGGAUGCUGGUUGCGAAUAUGGCGGUUACACAAGUGACAUCACACGCACAUGGCCCACAGAUGGUACAUUCACACCCGCGCAAAAAGUCUUGUACGACGUGUUACUGCAAUUGCAGAAGGAAUUGAUAUGUACCUUAUUGAAGCCCGGUGGCGAAACAUUGGACGAACUAUUCGAUACGAUGUGCAUAAAGUUGGGCAAGUACUUGCAAGAAGUCGGUAUCGCGCCCAAAGAUAUAGCUGAUGAUAACGGUUAUGCACGUGCCGGUUACAAGUUCUGCCCACAUCAUGUAUCCCACUAUCUCGGCAUGGACGUGCAUGACACACCCUUAAUGCCGCGUUCAUUGCGUCUUUUGCCGGGUAUGGUGUGCACGGUGGCACCGGGAAUUUAUAUAGCACAAGACCGAAAGGAUGUGCCAAAAGAGUUUCGCGGCAUCGGCAUACGCAUUGAGGACGAUGUGCUCAUCACCAGCGACAAUAACGUGGAAGUGCUCACGGCGGAAUGCGUAAAAGAGCGCGAAGAAGUUGAAAAUAUAUUUCUAGCGAAGCGAUAAAAAAAAAACACUCACUCAUUUUCAGUUAAACAAAAAACACUCACUCAUUUAUAAUACAAAAAAAAAACAAUACAUUGUGGUUGUAAUGUAAAGACUUUGCGACAAAGCCAGCUUAAUUUAUUCUGUUCUAGUGUUAACAAUCUUAAAAUAAAAGGGUAUUAUCAGCAAACUAGAUAAAACGUUUAAA